AUGAAACGUAGUAACGAUAAUGCAAUAAUAGCUGAUUAUUAUCAUAAAGCUGCUCCGUUGAGAUUAAAGCAAUCCAUAAAUCAACCUUCAAAAAUUUAUCAAAAAUAUUCUACAAAUAUUAUUAGACGAACUGUAUAUCUUGGAAAUUUACCAUCAAAUUCUGUCAAACUCCAUCCUGACAACACUUGUGCCUUCAUUUCUUUUAUGAAUGCUAUUCUUGCAAAAGCAUUUUAUGAUGAAGCUAUGACCAAACAAAUUUUUUAUGAAGGUCAAAAACUUUACGUUAGUUGUGGUAGACCAUCAGCUGUACCUUUAGGUGUUCAAUUAGCUGUUGAUGAAAACAAUGCUUCACAUUUGGCUGAAUAUGGUUAUAUUGAUACUAUUCAAAUUAUCAGAGGAAAAAAGAUUGGAUUAGUUCAUUUCUUGAAUAUUUCAAGUGCCAUUAGAGCAGUUAAAUCACUACCAUUAAAAUACGCAUACAAAGAGGUUAAAGUUGACUAUGCCAAAGACAGGUGUGAAAUAUAUAUGCAAAACACUCUCCUUCAAAGCUUUGGAAAUAAUGCCACAUUAAAGGCAGCUCAUAAUCCUUAUCCUAAUGUUAUGUCAACAACUCAUAAUCAUUAUUUUAAUGAUGUGUCAACAACUUGUAAUCCUUAUCUUAAUGAUGUGUCAACAACUUGUAAUCCUUAUCUUAAUAAUGUGUCAACUCAUGAUCAUAAUUUUAAUGCUAUGCAUCAACUCAUAAUCAUAAUCUUAAUGCUAUGCCAUCUGCAAGCAUUUUAUUUCACAAAAGAUAUCAUCCCAAUAAAAAUUAACACGCCUUAUCUGUAG